UUCGCAUCCGCGCCCUCGUCGACGACUCGUUUUUACAUUAGCCAGCCCGAGAAAAACAGGGAAGCUUUGAGGUUUUUGGUUUGUGCAAUACAGAAAAGGGCAGUGUCUGGGCCUACGCAAGCAUCAAGAGCAGAAACAACUGGUUGUCGCUGGUUCUAAAAUUUAAAAACUUCCAAUUUGUGGCCCACAUCUUUGUCUCCCAGAGAAUACGGGAAAAAAAAAGUGUUUGUUUGAAGUGUUUCCGGAGAUCCCCAAAUAUUGUGAACUUUCAUCGUCUUUGCAACACUUUUGCGUACGGCGUUGCUCCAGUGUUCCAGUGCUCCGCACAAUUAUUUGCUGCAGAUCGCACCAUCUAGUUUUUCGAUCGAUCCGAGCCGUGUGCAUUCGACGAUUUUGUGGAACUUUUUUCCUUCAGACUCAACACCGUUCUAGAACGUUUGGUAUAAAAAGAGAAGCGAAACGCUGAACAAACACUGUUGAAAGAACUUAGCAGGCGCUGUUUGGUGACAAGUUUGUUAGUGCUUAUAGAUUUCAUAGCCCCCAUUUCCCUGGAGAAAGUACAAACAGUUAUUAUUGUGCUACGCAAAUUGCUUUCCAGUGUUGUGCGCAUUUUCAAAAGCAAUAACUGAAAACUAAAAGUUCAAUAACUACCGAACAGGAAGAAAUAUUUUGAAAAAAACGAUCGAAAAUAAAAGUAUUUUUUCAAAAGCAGAUUGUUAUAAAGAUUUAAAAAAAAGAAACAAUCCGCCUGGUGCUAUUGUUUGCAAUCAUUCGUUGUUGCUGCGAUUGACAAAAAAAGUGAAAAAUCGAAACGCCAACGCCAGUUGUGUGCGUGCGUACGCUCGCAUUUUCCAGAGAGAGUGUGUGUUGGUGUGGUAAAGCGCGAGAGCGAGAGCGAACGACAGGGCGAAGCGCGAGCGUGCGAGCUGUGCGGAAACAAAAACAUCGAGAAGGAACGACUUCGAUUAUAAACAAACCAACAACAAACAGGUCGAUUCAGUCAGUGAGAAAACAAGCCAGCGCAGUCAGCAGUGCAAGCGAAACGUAGAGCGCGCGCGUACAACAAACCGGGAAAGAAAAAGCGUACGCAUACCCACCAGAGCAGCUGUAGCAGGCGCGACCCAAACGAAAAACAACCCGUCAGUCGCUGUGACUCGUCGUCCUUUGCCAGAAGCAAACACCGUUUCGUCGCCCUUGCACUUCUUGCGGUGCGUUCUUGCUGCUUUGCUGCGCACAGUUUGUGAAUUUCGUUAAAAGGAAUCCCCCGCUCGCGUGCACAUUUGCGUGCGUGCACAGAUAGUGAAACGAAGCAGCAGAACACGCACACCCGCACACUAGCAAAGGAGCAGAACCGAUAAUAAGGACAUAUAAUAUUGUUUUUUUGGUGGCAUUUCGUGUGUGUGAAUCCUCCUCUACGUUCGAGUAAACCUACGCGCCAAAUCGUUUAAAUGAGUGAUAUAAGCCAGAAAUGUUUCGGCAAAAAUGGUGGAUUUUCUAUAAGCUUUAAUCAAGACUAUACAUCGCUCUCCGUGGUAUCUAGGACGGGAUAUCGAUUGUUUUCGUUAGCAUCUGUUGAUCGUGUCGAUGAAAUCUUCUGCAGUCAUGACGAGGAUACAAAGAUUGCCGAGCGGCUGUUUAGUAGCAGCCUCGUUGCGGUUGUUACCGCAAGUGAACCGAACAAGCUUAAGGUGUGUCACUUCAAGAAGGGGGCGGAGAUCUGCAACUAUGGCUACCCGUCGGAGAUCCUGUCGGUGAAACUGAACCGAUCCCGGCUAGUGGUAUGCCUCGUGGACAGUAUUUACAUUCACAACAUCCGUGAUAUGAGACUGCUACAUUCCAUCAAGAACAUGGCGCCGAACCCGAGCGGUCUGUGCACGCUUUCGCUGCUGUCGCACCUCGCCUACCCGGUGUCGACCGAGUGCGGCGAGCUGCAGAUCUUUGACGCGGCCAACCAGCUGCGCAGGCUGAAGCUGAAGGCGCACGAUUCACCGCUGUCGGCGCUGAACUUCUCCUACAACGGCGUCCUGCUGGCGACGGCCUCGGAGAAGGGCACCGUGAUUCGGGUGUUUUGCGUGAAGAAUGGCCAGAAGGUGCACGAGUUCCGGCGGGGCGUUAAGCGUCACGUCAGCAUCGGCUCGCUCAACUUUAGCACCUGUGCGAACUUUGUCGUGGCGAGCUCGAACACCGAAACCGUACAUAUCUUCCGGAUCGAUCCGAAAGCGAUCGAGCAGGCGGAACGGCGCCAGAGCAUUGCGGUUGAUGCGGCCGCUAGCAACACCAGCAGCUCGAGCGAUGACGACGAAUCGAACGGAAGUGAUCCGGCCAAUGGGGCCGGCACGGCUGGCGGCUGGGGUAUGGGUUUUCUGGCCAAAGCCGUCACCAGCUACCUGCCGACGAACGUCGUGACGGAUGUGUUUACGCAGGACCGGGCGUACGCAACGAUACAGCUGGCGGAGGCUGGCCUGCGGUAUGAGUGUGUGAUGGCGAAGCUGGAGAAGGAGACGCGUCUGCUGUUGGCGUGCGAGGACGGGUUCUUGUACAUUUACAGCUUCGAGGAUUCGAAGGGUGGCGAAUGUAAGCUCAUUCGUGCGCAUGAUCUCCGUACGCCACUGCACGGCAUUACCGAGGUUGACAUCGUUGGCAAUGAAAACGAUGAAAAUACAAACAGCCUGAACGUGAACAUGACGAAAUCGAUGAUGCCCGCACCGGGCACAUAUGCGGGUGUGCUGAAGGGACGUCCGGCCGACCGGAUGUCAGCAGACUCCGACUGGUGUCACGAUCUGCGCGAAGCGGUAGAGUAUCCGGUAAAGGUUACGGUGCCGAUCUACGAUGAGAUGCAGUUCCCACCGGUUACGCCGAUCACCGUCGAAUGACUAGGCAAGGAUGCGGCACGCUCCCGUGACGUUGACCAUCCGUCAGCGAAGAUGCGAAUCCCCGGCAAAUCGUUCGCCGCCAAAGGAGGUGUUGGAUGCAAGGGCUAAAGUGGAGCAGUUGCUUGUAGAUGCAAGAGUUUUUUUGCCGAGGGGCAAACUACAAGAGUAGGAUAGGUUUGGUGGGGAUGCUCCUGUCUUUGUGUGGAUGGCAGCGCCAAUGAUGAAUAUGUUAACGAGCGUCGGGGUUUUUGACUACGUCUCCAAAACUGCAAAUAAUGCGUGUGUGUACCGUUGAUGUUUUUAUUUUCUUUAAUUUAUUUUUACACCAAUUCUUCUUAAGCAGUAGUAGGUAGUAACUAAACGCAACACUGCAGCGUGCGAAGCAGAAGGGUGGCACGCGCACACUUGAGGAACGCGGGUGUUUAGGGUUGUGCGCAGGUGUUUCAUUUACGCUUUCCACACUCUGUGCAACUCUGUGGUUGAUGAUUUUCAUUACAAUACAAUGCGUAUAUGUGUUGCUGCUUUAGAUCUGUUCUUUUACAUCAGGAAACGUCCAAACGAAAGAUCCUGCGGAAAAUCAUUUCACUAAUGGAGCGCUCUGUCGAGAUGUUUUAUUUAAAGGAAGGUUUUUUUUCUGUCAAAGCGUGUUCGUGAGAAGGGAGAAAAGUUCAAAUCAGUCGUAAAUUUGAUGCUACGUGCAAUGUUAAUAUUCAUAGAACUGCAAACAACGUCGAACCCAGCCCAAACAAGCCAUUAGUUGUUGUGGGGACGUUGAUUUUUCUUUAGGUCAGUAAUAAGCAAUACAGCAAAACAAAAGCAAGUUCAAUUUCACAAAGUAACGUUUACCAUUACGACAAUUCCCUUAAGGAUCUGUGUAGUACUUUCUAUCGAUUUUGUAACGCUCGUGUCGUUUUGAAAUGGUCACGCAGAGACCGGACUCUAGCACACCGGUUGAAGAUCUGCGAAAAAAAAAAACAAACACACGUAGAAGUAGCCAUCACGGGGCAGCAAGAUGAGGAUGUUAGAUUAAUUAAUGUGUCUAUAUUUAAUAAGCUCGUUGCUCCGUUACAUACGUUGAUCGGUUUAUUCUUAAAGAUCGGUACAUCUUUAACACACACCCAAACAACACGAAAGUUUAAGCGAAACGAUCGAAAGGGAGCUUUACGAAAAUAAGAGAGAUAAAGAGAGCAUACAACAGAAAAAAAAAACAAAAAACCCUU